GAAUCCUCCCAUCCACUGUUCAUCUCGCCCUUGUCACCCUUGUCAUCAUCAUUUCCAUUCACUCUCAUCGUUCAUAAAGACACACAUCCUUUUCUCUUUGCUUAUUCUCUCUUAACUCGCCAACUGCUCACUACUCCCUAGAACCUCGCAUUUAGAGGGAACGUUGCAUGGCACCGCUGUAUCCGGCGCCUAGCGACGAGCGCAAACCUUCGUCUGGGUCCAUUUCCACCUCGUCCUUGUCCUCCAGAUACCAUGAUCAAGGUCCCGGAUACGUUGAGUCCACCUCAACCAACAGUGACAGGAGGCCCUCAGCUGGAUCGUCUUACUAUUGCUCACCUGUGAAUACACACCAUGGACAAGGCCGUCCAUCCUCACCCUCCCUCUUCCCAGUCCAUUCUGGAGCAGCAGAAGACCAGCAACAGCAACAAAGGCCACGUCCCAGACAUAACAGUCAUAAUGGAAGGAGCCACUUCUUCCACCCAUUGGACGCUAUUGCGCAAACCCCCUUGAUGAUGCCCAACUCCUAUAACCCUGAAGGCACCGGCAAGCGCAAGAACAAUAGCAAGGACGGGAGCGACUUGAGCGGCUUCCGCUCCUUCUUCCGCUCCUCGUCGAGGCCACCCUCUCCUACACCUGCCGCCGACUCAUUCGACCCGUUCUACAACCAGCCCUCCGGGAGCCACACACGUAAAACGUCCUUUGGCAGCAACAGAAAUCCCAAUCCAAUGCAGUCAUCCAGCUCGGCAAACGUGGGGUCCUCGGGUACUCUCUACUCGUCCAAUGGUGCCUUGCACAGCAACGCCUCGUCCUCCUACAUCCAUGACACUAAUGGUUCGAACUAUGGAAGCACCAACAACCUCAGCAGCAGCGUUGGGAGCAGUAACAUGCACUCGUACCAGCAUCGACCAGCGCCUCACCCAUUCAGUCCGGAUUCUGGCAGGAGACGAUCGACAGAAUCUUACUCACGCUCGCCUUCCCCCGACCAGUUUCAGCGACAACAGCAGCAGCAACAGCAAAGUGGCUACUCUGGCAGCAAACAUCUGUUCCCAACCACACCGCCUUCACAGAUCCGGCCUAAUCAACGGACAGAGUCUUAUAAGAGCGCAACGGAGAAUCCUCACCGACGAACAAAGUCGACCGAUUUUGGUGAGAUGUAUUCGAAGCGUCCUGGAUUGCCGCAGGACUUGGCCGACCUCCAGCUCCAGCGGCACAGUCUUCCGUGUAUCCGUCAUCAGAACACGGCUCCCGCAAGUUUUCAGCCGAUGAUCCGCUACCACCGUUGUCAACGCCUUCAUCGUCAUCUCUGCACAGCUUUGCGAUGGCCUCGGAUCAGGAUGGAACUUCCAUACAGGGAUAUUCAUUUGAUCGGAGGCAUGGCAGCGAUGGUGGUGAUUCUCAAAGGCAUCUGCCCCCCUUUUCGAUUGGGAAGAAGAGUUCCAAGAAAGACGUCCCCACGGUAUAUCCUCUCCCCUGCUUGCCAAUUUUGUCCAUCCCUGUAGUAUUGCUUGGGUUAGGAUGAACUAUCUCAGUUGCUGUGGCGCCUCGCAUAGCCACUUCCAGUGCUAACCCAACACU